AUGGCUACCCCCAUUGUCCUUACCUUUGAUGCUGAGGGUCGUGCUGUUGACUUCGAGAUCUGGGUCGAUGACCUACAGCUCUUCCUACAGUGCGAUAGGGCAGACGGACUCUCCCUGUUCGAUCUCACCUCUGGUGCCUCUCCUGCCCCGCCUACUGAUGUUGACAGCACUGUUCGCUCACAGUGGGCCACACGCAAUGCUGCUGCCCGUCUUGCUGUGCGUCGCCACUUACCGACUGCUGAGCGUGCGCACUUUAGUCAGUACAAGAGUGCUAAGACCUUAUACGACGCUGUAGUUGCACGCUACUCUUCCCCUGCCACUGCUGCUCUUAGCCGCCUCAUGCUGCCGUACCUGUUUCCUGACCUCGCCGCCUUUCCCACUGUCGCUGACCUCGUUACGCACCUUUGCACUAUCACCCGGCUCCCUGACUCCCUUCGCUCAGUCAGGGACCAAUUCCUCUAUGUUUGCCCCACCACACUCACCGUUGACCUCCUUGAGGAGCGCCUCCUGGCAGCUGAGAAGAGUAUAGUCGCUGUAGGAGCCUCUCGAGGUAACCCUCGUGCCCCUGUCUUUGAGGGGUGCUCCCCCUCCCCCCGUUUGCCCUCUGUUGCCUCUACUGCUGCCGAGUCGGUCGGCGCUGCGUCUGCCCCUAGCGGGAGACGCCGCAGCGGCAAGGGCAAGGGGGGCAAGGGCAGUGGAGGGGCUGGCGGGGGCGGUGGAGGUGGCGGUGGAGGAGGCGGAGGGAGUGGGGGUGGUGGUGGGAGUGGUGGCCCUGACGCCUCUGAGAUCCCUCGCUGGGGAGAGCUGCAGAGGUCGGGGGUUGCUAUCUUUGAUCUUGAUUAUGAUGCUAUUCUUGCUGCCAUAUAUAUUGUGUCUACUAGUGAUGAGGGUGACUGUUACCUGUGUGUUCCGCCUGACCUGGGCAUUGAGGCUGCUGCUCUAGGUGCUGGUGAGGCUGCUGCUCUAGGUGCUAGUGCGUCUGCUGCCCCAGGUGCUGGUGAGUCUGCUCUCUCAGGUACCACGUCGGCACAGGCAUUACACACCUUCACCCUUGACUCGGGUGCUUCCCGCUCCUUCUUUCAAGACCGCACCACGCUUACGCCGCUUAGUUGGCCGGUUGCGGUCUCCCUGGCGGACCCCUCUGGGGGUCCUGUCCUUGCUCACUUCAACACUGUGCUACUGUGUCCGGCAGCCCCCUCUGGCACCCUGUCAGGUCUCUACCUCCCCUCGUUCUCUACGAACUUGGUGAGUGGUGCUGAUCUACAGGAUGGGGGGGUUGACCAGUUCACUCCUGCGAGUCAGCGGGUGACCCACUGUACGUGUGCUCGGACGGGCCGACACUUGGCCACGUUUACCCGUCGGCCACGGUCGAGCCUGUACACACUGAUUACUGAGUCUCCUCCGGUUGCUGAGUCUGGUCAGGUAGCUGCAUCGAGUCAGGUGUUUGCUGCAGCGUCCAGGUCUGGUUCUGAGUCUGCUCCUUGCUCGUGUCGUUGUGAACGAGGGAAUGAAUGA